AUUUAGAUACUUAAGUAUUUCAUAUAUUUUAUUUAAAUCAUUUAACAUAAAGUUAUUACAUGCAACAAACCAUCAAAACCUGAACAUCCACAAGCAGCAUGUAUGCAUCAGUGUAUGUUUCUAUAAUUAUUUUUGUAGGAGUAGUUUGUGGAGAUCGAGAAAAGCGGCUUGUUUUACAUAGCAGCGAUGACAUUUACAAUGAAAUCCAAGGGCUGAAACAUGAGAUUAAUACUCUCAAAGAUCGUGGUUCAAUCUACACUCGCUGGGGUAGGAAGUCAUGUGGUACCAGUGACACGGAGACAGUUUAUUCGGGAUAUGCAGCGGGACAACCAUACAACAUUACGGCCGGUCCUGCUAGUUUUCUAUGUUUACCAGAGCAUCCUACGUGGGCAAAAUACAAUGAUGGCAUUCAAGACCUUGGGGCUCGAGUAGCAGGCACAGAAUACGAAAUCUACCAUGCAAAUUUAUUUAACCCAUUUCCACAGCCUAUGCAAGAUCUAGAUGCACCAUGUGCUGUUUGCAGAAGUCCAAGAACAACUUCGUUGAUGAUUCCCGGCAGGACCGAUUGUUAUUCUGGUUGGACUCUGGAAUACACGGGCUAUCUUAUGAGUGGACACAAAGGACACAUUGCUGCUACAGAUUAUGCGUGUGUUGAUGUCAAUCCUGAAGCUGUUUUCCACGGAGAGGCAGACAAAAAUGGGAAGCUGCUGUAUUUCGUCGAGAUAACAUGUGGAUCUUUGCCAUGUGAGGAAUAUCCUAACGGUCGUGAACUAGCUUGUGCAGUGUGCUCAAAGUAACUUUAAAUUGUGAAAGGUUAAAUGUGUAGUUAGCAUUGUAGACGCCAUAAUUUUUACUGCACAUGGAAACAUUUCAUAUAUUUUGAGUACGCCUACUACCAUUCAACCUUAAAGUAUUUCUAAUUAAUAUAAAGACUACUGAGAUAAUUAAUCUUACGUUUUCUCGAUCUAAACAAUCAAUUGUUUUAUCUAGUAUCUGUUCAAUGCGGGCCAUUGUGUGAGAGUUAUAUAAAAAUAUGUUGCUCGAAAAUAAUUGUACAACAAGACGACAUAUAUCAAACAAAAAUAUACGCUUUAAUAUGUUAGAUCCCAUCUGUCUCCCCCGGGCACCGUAGCUAGAAAAGUGUGUG